AUGGAUAUGCAUGAAAAAGCAAGAUGUACCCACAUAGAAACCGAAGCUUCGGAUCAUCUCAUGUUGCUGAUAGACACGAAUCCUGACAACACAAAGAGAAGAAGGAGAUUUUACUUUGACCAAAGAUGGACAAAGGAUCCAGAAACAAAGAAGGUGAUCAAAGGGGCCUGGAGUAAAGCUAUCUCUGGUUCCAGAAUGUUCAAGGUCACCAGGAAAAUAAAAGAGUGUAGAAUUGCUAUCUUGGAAUGGAGGAAAACGGUGCAAGGAAACUCCAAGGUAAGAGUAAAUGAGGUAAAAGAAAAGCUGCAAUUAGAGAAAGAAGGGAAUGCGGUGGGGAAGAGUGGUCGAAUUGCAGAGCUCAAAUCCCAGCUGAGCAAGGCAUACAAGGAGGAAGAACUGUAUUGGAGUCAAAAGGCACGGAGUAAAUGGCUAAAAGAAGGUGAUAGAAAUACAGCUUACUUCCAUGCAUCUGUGAUGGCAAAAAGGAGAAGGAACACAAUCAGUACUUUACAGAGAAAUGAUGGAACCUGGUGCAAGGAUGAAAAGGAGAUGGAGGAGGAACUUAGUGAGUAUUUUAACGAUCUUUUCUCUUCUACGAAUCCGGAAAACUUUGAGGAUAUACUGGCAGAGAUACCAAGCACUAUUUCUAGUCAGAUGAAUGAACAGCUGAUUAGACCAGUGGAUGAGAAAGAGAUCAGACAAGCUUUGUUUUCUAUGCAUCCUAAUAAAGCACCAGGGACGGAUGUUUCUUACUCUUUCAACCUAAAUGGACAAAAAGUAGGACAUAUACAACCAAAUAGGGGGAUUAGGCAAGGGGAUCCUUUAUCACCUUACUUGUUCAUUAUCUGUGCAGAAGGGCUGUCUUGUCUGCUCCACAAAGCUGUAAUUGAGAGGGAGCUAACAGGAAUCAAAAUCUGUAGGGACAGUCCUUCCAUUUCACAUUUAUUUUUUGCAGAUGACUCAUUGCUGUGUUGUAAGGCGAGCAAACUGGAGGCAAGGAAGGUGAAAAGUAUACUGGAAAGAUAUGGAAAAGCCUCAGGUCAGGUGGUGAAUUUUGACAAAUCAGCUAUUUUUUAUAGUAAGAACACCACUGAAAAAAUUAAGGAAGAGGUCUGUGAGAGCCUUGACAAUAUGAGAGAGGCAAGGAAUGAUACUUACCUGGGGCUACCAAUGGCCAUUGGCAGAUCGAAAUCACAGGUGUUUGGUUUUGUGAAGAGUAAGAUCAAUAACAAAUUGCAAGGGUGGAAACAAAAGUUGUUGAGUCAAGGAGGAAAAGAAGUUCUCAUCAAAGCUGUCAUUAUGGCUAUGCCAACGUACGUUAUGGCAUGCUUUAGACUCCCCAAAGGCUUGUGCAGAGAAAUUUCAGCAACAAUAGCAAGGUUUUGGUGGGGAAAGGGAGACAAAGGGACAUGUGUACACUGGGCAAGUUGGAAGAGGCUAUCAGAAGUCAAGGGAAAAGGGGGAAUAGGUUUUAGAGACUUGGAGGCUUUCAACACUGCCUUGCUGGCUAAACAAAUUUGGAGAUUCCUAACAUCUCCAAAUUUGCUAGUAAGCAAGGUAAUGAAGGCAAAAUACAUUAAGAACCCAAACUGGAUGGAGCAAAGUCCCUCAAACACAGCUUCAUGGAGUUGGAAGAGUAUUUAUAGUGCAAAAACAUUACUUCUGACUGGACUACGGAAAAGAAUUGGUGAUGGAAAAUCAGUGAGUAUAUGGAGAGAUAAGUGGAUUUCUGGUUCAGACCAAGGCCAAGUGAGCAGAUCAAAACCUGAGGACUGCCAGUUACAAUGGGUGAGUGAGCUGAUAGAAGACGAAAAAUGGAACACUGAUCUUCUCCAGAAGUGGUUUUGUGACAAGGAUGUUGAGCUGAUAAAAGACAUCCCCACGAGUAUUGGAAGGAGACACGACAAGUUGAUAUGGUGUUUUUCCAAGUCUGGAACAUACACAGCAAAGACGGGAUACGCAAUAGCUAGACAGGCAGAAGGAAAACAUUGCAGGAAGAAAGGACAAGAUGCAGAAUCGAGCUGGGAAAUAAGAAAGCAUACUAUGUGGAAGAAAUUGUGGCACCUGAAUGUAAAGGCAAAGCUGAAACAUUUUAUGUGGAAAUGCUUACAAAACUGCCUACCUACAAACGAGAUUAUGUACAAAAGGUUAGGGAAAGGAGAUGGAAGGUGCAGUUGCUGUGGAGAAGAGGUGGAAACAAUCGAACACUUGUUUUUUUUUUGUGAAAAUGCAGCAGAGGAAAGGGAAUCUAAGCAGGAGAGCAGAGCAACCCAGAGUAGGAGUGGACAACAAGCAAGAAAUGAGCAAUUAAGGGAUGAUGUGGUAUGUCUGUAUACGGAUGCAGCCAUCUCUGCAAAAACGAUCAGGACUGGACAAGGGAUCAUUGCAAGAAACUGGAAAGGAAUCAUAAUGAGAGCUAAAGGAAUUGUGCACCAGAGGAAAGGAACAGCGAGCAUUGAAGAGGCACUCGCAGUACGAAAUGCUCUACUGAUGGCCAAGCAAGCUGGGUGGAAGAAAAUCAUUGUACAUUCAGAUUGCAAAUCAGCGGUUGAGCAAAUUAACAGAUGCAGUGAAUAUGAGUACAGCAUUGCAACUAUUCUAGAGGAUGUACAGGAUCUUAGAAAAGGCUUUAACAGGUGCUCUUUUGUGUUUAUUUCUAGAGCAGCAAAUGAAAUCAGUCAUGCACUAGCUCAUUUUGCAGUUAAACUAGUGCAUAACAUUGAAUGGGAAAAUGACUUCCCAAUAUGGCUGAUUGAGUUAGGGAUGAAAGAAAUGAGGGCAAGCAAGGAGUGUGAAGUAGACGAUCUUGCACGGCAGCAUGUUUUGGGACAAUUCCUCCUAUUCCUAGCAUCAGAGAAGUAG